AUGGCCACCCUGGCCUCCCUGAGCAGGCUGCCUCCUGAAGCCACAUCUCGGCUAUUCCCGAGGCUGCAGACCGUAAGUCCUGUGUUGGACAGAAGAUAUAAGGACUUGUGCCGGGGCAGAGAGGCAGCAGAUCCCUUGCAGAAGCGGGGCCGGGCGCUCCCCGUGGCUCCCUGGCGUCCAGCCAGCAGGAAAGCCAAGCCCCAAGGGCAUCCCCAAAGCUUCCCUGUUUUAGACGGACGUAUCCCAUCCCUGUAUCAGCAUGUCUUUGAAGAAAACCUAAAGAACAGCGAGGCUGUCAUCAAAAGGUGCUCAGAGCUGCUGGAGGCUGCCAGCAGAGGAGGGGGAGAGAGGGCAGUCCUGCGCCACAGCCACCGGAACAAGAAGCUCUUCGUUCGCGACCGCCUGAAGCUGCUGCUUGACCAUGGAGCUUUCCUUGAGCUCUCCCCCCUGGCAGGCCUCAACAUGCCCUAUGGUGAUGUCCCAGCUGCUGGCUGUCUCACUGGGAUUGGGAAGAUCUGUGGGGUCUGGUGUGUCUUCAUGGCAAAUGAUGCCACUGUGAAAGGAGGAACUAUUUAUCCUAUUGGAGUGAAGAAGCAAUUAAGAGCUCAAGAAAUAGCCAUGCAGAACAGGCUGAUAGCUGUGUACCUCGUGGACAGUGGGGGAGCCUUCCUACCACUACAGUCAGAGCUCUUUCCUGACAAGAUGCACGGGGGCAGAGUCUUCUACAACGAAGCUCUCAUGUCUGCCAUGAGGAUCCCUCAGGUGGCAGUGGUGUGUGGCUCCUGCAUAGCUGGAGGUGCCUAUGUCCCAACCAUGGCAGAAGAGGUGGUGAUGAUCGAUAAAAUCAGUUCACUCUUCCUCGGGGGCCCACCGCUGGUGAGAGCUGCUACAGGAGAGGAUGUCUCUGCUGAGGACCUAGGAGGAGCUAAACUGCACUGCCAGGUCAGUGGCUGCAGUGACCACUUUGCAGGCUCUGAGGAGGAAGCCUUCACCUGCAUCCGGAACGUGAUCUCUACGCUGAACUAUGAGGCGGUGCCAGAGCAGGCCCUGGAGCAUGAGGCUCCUCUCUACAGCUCUGAGGAGCUCCUGGGGCUGGCCCCCCAAGAUUACCGCUGCAGCCUUCCAGUGAAACUGAUCCUGAGUCGUCUGCUGGAUGGGAGCAGAUUCCAGGAGUUCAAGGCUGGCUAUGGAACAACAUUAGUGACAGGAUUUGGCCACCUGGAAGGGCACCUGGUGGGGGUAGUGGCUAACAACGGGGAGCUGUCCCACGACGCCUCUCUCAAGGGCAGCCACUUCGUGCAGCUCUGCGGCCAGCGCAGCAUCCCCAUCCUCUUCCUCCAGAACACUGCUCCACAGGCACCAGGGCCAAGGGACAUCCCACAGGCAGAGGCUCAGUCCAACAGGUUGAAAGCCCAGGCCUCCAUGAUGGCUGCUGUUGCUUGUGCUGCUGUUCCCAAGAUCACCAUCGUCAUCGGCGGCUGCUUUGGCAGCGAGAGCUACCUCAUGUGUGGGAGAUCUUUCAGUCCAAACUUUCUGUUCCUGUGGCCCAAUGCAAGGAUUGCCCUGGUGGAUUCAAGGCAUUUGUCCACAGUGCCACAAGCUGGGGACAGUGACUGUGCAGGAGAUGAAGCAGAACUAAAACAGCUGAAAGAGAAGUUGGAAGAAGAAAGCAGUGCAUUCUACUCCUCUGCCAGGCUCUGGGAUGAUGGUGUCAUCCUGCCUCAAGACACCAGAAAGGUGGUUGCCCAGUGCUUGGAGAUCACAGAGCAGCAGAAGCACCAGGUGCUGUCUCCAUUUCAACAUCCUGUCAUCAGAAUGUAGCUGCAGCCACCUCCAGCCCAUCCACCUCUUCAAGCUGGCACUUGGCUACUCAAAAUCUUGACCAGAAAUCACUUUCUAGCUCUUUGAGACCAGGAA